CUUUCUAUUCCCACUGUGUGUAGAUAUGGCUGCUGUGAGCAUUCUGUCAUCUGAAGAUCAGUUUCUGUGCUCCAUCUGUCUGGAUGUGUUCACUGAUCCUGUCUCCACACCAUGUGGUCACAACUUCUGCAAGAACUGCAUCACUGAUCACUGGAACACUAAUGACCAGUACCUGUGUCCCCUGUGUAAGGAGCGUUUUACCAGAAGACCUGAUUUGAGGGUCAACACUUUAUUCUCUGAGAUGGUGGCUCAGUUCAGACAGUCCGCUCAACAGAAAGCCAGCAGCAGCAGCUCAGAGCAACAAGUGUCCAAACCAGGAGAAGUUCCCUGUGACGUCUGCACUGGAACCAAACUGAAGGCAGAGCUGGGGAAGACAGAGGCUGAAAUUCAGCAGAUGAUCCAGAAGAGACGACUGAAGAUUCAGGAGAUCAAACACUCAGUCGACCUCAGUGAGGAAGAUGCAGACAGAGAGAUAGCAGAAGGUGUUCAGGUCUUCACUUCUCUGAUGGAGUCUGUUGAGAGAGGCCUGAAUGAGCUCAUCAACACCAUCAAAGAGAAGCAGAAAACAACAGAAAAACAGGCCGAAGCUUUCAUCACAGAGCUGGAACAGGAAAUCUCUGAGCUGAUGAAGAGAAGCACUGAGGUGGAGCAGAUGUUACGCUCUGAAGACCACCUUCAUCUUCUCCAGAGCUUCCAGUCCCUAAACAUCCAACAACCUCCCCCCACCAAGGACUGGACAGGGGUCAGCGUCCGUCCAUCAUCAUAUGAGGGGACUGUGGUGAAAGCUGUGGCUCAGCUGGAGGAGACACUCAGUAAAGAGAUGAAGAAGCUGCUUGAAGCCGAGCUGAAGAGGGUCCAGCAGUAUGCAGUGGAUGUGACUCUUGAUCCUGAUACAGCUAAUCCCUGGCUCAUCCUGUCUGAUGAUGGGAAACAAGUGAAUCUUGGUGAUGUGAGGAAGAAUCUCCCAGACAACCCAGAGAGAUUUUCUAAGUGUGUUAAUGUUUUAGGAAAACAAAGUUUCUCUUCAGGCAGAUUUUACUUUGAGGUUCAAGUCAAAGGAAAGACUAGAUGGACUUUAGGAGUGGCCAGAGAGUCGAUCGACAGGAAGGGAAACAUCACACUGAGCCCUCAUAAUGGUUACUGGACGAUAUGGUUGAGAAAUGGAAAUGAGUACAAAGCUCUUGAUGACACCUCAGUCCUUCUCUCUCUGAAGUCUCCUCCUCAGAAGGUGGGGGUGUUUGUGGACUAUGAGGAGGGUCUGGUCUCCUUUUAUGACGUAGAUGCUGCAGCUCUUAUCUACUCCUUUACUGGCUGCUCCUUCACUGAGAAACUCUUCCCAUUCUUCUGUCCCUUUACUGUCUGUUCCUUCAUCAAGAAAGUCCAUCUAUUUUUGAGUGAUGACGAUGAUUAUGAUGAUGAUGCUGGUGGUAAAAACUCUGCCCCUCUGAUCAUCUCUCCUGUCAGAGUAAACUAAUCACUGAUCUCAUUUCAGGUAUUGAUUCAUUUUCAAUCAAGGGAACAAAUGUACAUAUUCAUAUAUUUUACAUCUUAUUUUCUACAGAACCUGUUUCCUGUGGUGACUGAUUUACACUUUAUUCCAGUUAUUAUCAUAUGUUAGAUGUGCAGCAAUUCUUUAAAAAUGAACUCAAACUUCAUCUUGACAUAUUUGGUGUCUUUAGAAACUGAUUUCUUCUGGAAGUUAUAAUAAAUGUCUGUGGGUUUAACAGAGGUUUGAAUAGAUAUCGUCUACAUAACGUGUGUCAUGAUGCAUCAAAUUAAUGUGUUGAUUAUGUAAUCAGAUCCACAUUUAUUAGUAUUUGAUGAGCAGCCCCAGAAAACAUAUAGCUGAAUAUUUGAUUGUGUGAUGAAGCUUCAUUUAAGAGUGAGGCCUAUUCCAUCCCAUAAUGUCUCCAGAACACAGUAUGUGUCCUUGUUAUACCGGGUAGAAAAAGUUAAUGGAUGGUUCUAUCUUGUGUGAAAAGUCUUUUGGAUAAUUACUGGUCACUUUGGCCAUUUUUUAUUGGUUUCAUGAAUUCUGUAAGAUGGUUUAUGAGUCAAAGAAAUGUGUAAAUAUGUGAUUGUAGAAUAAAAAGUGUAAAAUAAAGCAGGUGUUGA